AAACUAGAAGUCAAGAACAGAAACAUCCACAACAAUGGGUAAAGUAGAACAGAGCAGAUGGAGUCUUCAAGGCAUGACCGCACUUGUCACCGGCGGGACCAAAGGCAUUGGGCAUGCUAUAUCUGAGGAACUCGCAGGCCUUGGGGCAACAAUACAUACAUGUGCAAGAGACGAAUCUCAGCUUAACCAGUGCUUAAAAGAAUGGGAAACGAAAGGAUUUAACGUCACAGGAUCAGUCUGUGACAUAUCGUCCCGUUCCGAUAGAGAGAAACUGAUGCAAACUGUCUCCUCUCUGUUUGAGGGCAAGCUCAACAUCCUCGUAAACAAUGUAGGGACAUGUGUGACAAAGCCAACCACAGAAUCAACAGCAGAGGAUUUCUCAAACCAAAUCUCAACGAAUUUGGAGUCUGCAUACCAUUUGUGUCAGCUUGCUCAUCCUCUUCUUAAAUCCUCUGGAUCUGGAAGCAUCGUCUUCAUUUCCUCUGCUGCUGGAGUUGUCUCAUGUAGCGUUGGAUCCAUCUAUGGUGCAACCAAAGGAGCUAUUUGCCAGCUGGCGAGGAACUUGGCAUGUGAAUGGGCUAGCGACAAUAUAAGAGCUAACUCUGUUGCUCCUGGAGUCAUUGCAACUCCUCCAGCUAAAACUUUUAUACAAGGAGAGGAGUUUGCAAAGAAUAUUGCACCGAAUAUACCAAUGCGCCGCGCUGGAGAGCCAGAAGAAGUGGCUGCAAUGACUGCGUUUCUGUGUCUACCCGCAGCUUCUUACGUUACAGAUCUCCAAGAAAAGAUCUUUAGCUCUGUGGUUCAUAAUCCAAAAAUGGCUAAGACAGGGGAAAGCUUGAGAGACAAACCUAGAUGGAGUCUUGUAGGCAUGACCGCUCUUGUUACGGGUGGCUCCAAAGGCAUCGGAGAAGCUGUGGUGGAGGAACUAGCUAUGUUAGGAGCAAGAGUUCACACAUGUGCCAGAGACGAAACUCAGCUUCAAGAAAGCUUACGUAAAUGGCAAGCAAAAGGGUUUCAGGUUACCACUUCUGUCUCCGACGUUUCUUCUCGUGACCAACGAGAGAAACUCAUGGAAACCGUUUCCACUACCUUCGAAGGAAAACUCAACAUCCUUGUUAACAAUGUGGGAACGUGUAUAGUCAAACCGACCGUAAACUAUACAGCCGAAGAUUUCUCAUUUACGAUGGCUACGAAUCUCGAGUCAGCUUUUCAUCUCUCACAGCUCGCGCAUCCUUUGUUGAAAGCUUCUGGUUCAGGGAGCAUCGUGCUAAUCUCCUCCCUGUCUGGAGUUGUACAUGUCAAUGGUGCAUCCAUCUAUGGAGUAUCUAAAGGAGCUAUGAAUCAGCUAGGAAGAAACUUAGCAUGCGAGUGGGCAAGUGACAACAUAAGGACUAAUUCUGUGUGUCCAUGGUUCAUAGAAACUCCUUUAGUUUCCGAAGUUCUUAGUAAUGAAGAGUUUAGAAGAGAAGUGGAGAGUAGGCCACCGAUGGGACGCGUUGGAGAAGUAAAUGAAGUAUCAUCGCUUGUGGCAUUUCUCUGUCUACCUGCAGCUUCUUAUAUAACUGGUCAAACCAUUUGCGUUGAUGGAGGUUUCACUGUUAAUGGUUUCUCUUUUCAAGCCUCUGCCUAAUGAAUUAAGACUUCAAUUGUUUCUGUUUUUUACAUGUUGAGUGUAUUCUAUCUAAAUAAACUCACAAUUAUAGU